AUGGAAAGAUCAAUUAGUUCCUAUUCUCACAUAUCUGGACUUGACGGCGAAGAAAUUUCUGAAGAUUGAUAUGAGAAGACUCUUACUCCCCCCUCCGUGAGUGAACAAAACCAUUAGAAAAAUCGCUAUUUUUCGCCCAAAAACCCACCCUCCGUGAGUGAACAAAAAAUUUUUUUAAUAGAAAAAAAACUUUGAUAUGUAAGUGAUAAUUAUUAUAAUGAAAUAUCGAGCUAAUUCUGUUUAAUUUUAAACAAAUUGCGUUUUAAAAAACAUAAAUUUUAUAAAUUAAAUUCAUAUUUGCUUUCCAGUUUUUGCAAAUUAGGAUUUUUUUAAAAUUUCGGAAAAAAAAUUUUUUCUAUAAAAUUUAUAGUUAACUACACUGACUGGCACGGGGUGCUUUUGGCUCGAAACUGAGCCAAAAGCACCCCGUGCCAGUCAGUGUAGUUCACUAUAUAUAUAAAUUUUUUUAAAAAAAAAAAUUAACCCCCUCCGUGUGAGUGAACAAAAAAAUUUUGUUCACUUACGGAGGGGGGAGUUAGAAGAAAGUCAACUAGAAAGAAAAAAACAAAUAAUAUCCAUAAUGAAGAGCCAAAUCGUAAGAAUACCUAUUCUUCUGGUUAUCCUAGCAGACCUACUACAACUCCUUUUCACGCUCUCAUAAUGGAAUCGAGUUAUAAUGAAACCCUUAGAUCUCCAACCCGUCUAAGUAUUGAGCCACAGCUAACUGCACUACACGCUUCGUUUCUUCAACGAAUUGAACAGGAAAAUUCAAAUAACAAGAAAAUUUAAGGUCUUUUUUUUAGUCGGAAAGUCUUGAUUGUAUGACAGUUGUUUAGAAAAAUAGUCUAAACUUUUGAUCGUGUGGCUUUCUCUGAAUUAAAAGUUUUAAAGCAAUUUCUAUGUUAUCAAAAAAUUUGAUAGAAAAUUUCCGAGUAACUCUCACACUAUAAAAAUAUUGUGUCAAUUGAUGUGCAGCCAAAAUUUACUCAGCUGCAAAUUCGUUUUUAAGCUCAAAAACAGUGUCAAUGAACCAACCAUUGGCGAAUAUUGGUGACAAUGAGCUACUGGAAGGAUAUAUAAAAAUUAGGGAAUGGACUCCCUUUGAAAUCAUUGAAGGGAAAAAUGAUGAUUAUCCUAUGCUUGAGCUCAGAAAAGCUAUUUUAAGGAUAAUUUCAGGAAUUUCUCAGUUCUGUCUGCACAUAGUAUCGAAUCCGGUAUUUGAUGCGAUUAUCUUGUGCUUUAUUUUUGCAAAUACAGUAGUCUUAUCUAUUGAGAAAUAUACACUAAAAUGGUGAAAUGUAUCAGACUGCCCUCUUGAAGCAACAGUCCAGACCUUAUGGCCACGGUGAACUGGGAUGGACUCUGAGAGAAACAAGUGCAACCUCAGGUAAUGCGCAUCCUGGCAGAUUUUAGGCUGCCUUCCUGUGGUUGGAAAUGGAGAUACCAGAAUUGGCACCCAUUUUUGGGGGGAUAGACCCUCUGGGCUAGAGUCGAAAGCGUUAGAAACUUUCAUAUGGGAAAUUUGUGGUGACUACUAACCAAUAUGGCUAACGCCUCACUUUAAAUAGCCUAAUCUUAUCUAUUGAGGAUCCGAAUGCAAGCACUCAGCCUGAACAUUUACAAAUUCUUGAUUAUAUUCCUAAUAUCAGUGCUUUUACUUCAACAAUGGGAGUUUAUAUUCUUAUUUUUGAAUCAAUUUGAAAACUGGGCCCUCAUGAGAAUAGAGAGUUUAAUUCAACUCAGUAUAUAUUUUUAUAUGUAUAUACAAUAGAAGCAGGAUUAAAAAUUUUAGCUCUUGGGCUCAUACUCAAUAAAGGAGCUUAUUUGCGAGACCCAUGAAAUGUUCUCGACGCUGUUAUUGUCAGUACUGCAUGAGCAUCAUAUUAUGCUACAACAGGUGUUAAAUUAAAUGCAUUACGUUCAUUAAGAAUUCUCAGGCCACUCAAAAGCAUUUCUUCUCUGCCUGGGCUAAGAGUGCUUAUUGUUGCUUUACUGAAAUCUAUAAUACCUUUAUCCAAUAUUAUUCUGAUAUUAUUUUUUACACUGCUUAUAUACGGAAUUAUUGGAAAUCAAUUAUUUGGAGGACUGUUUAAAUACCAAUGCAUGGAUCUUGAGACUGGAAAGUAUUUAAUGGCACCUGGUGAUGACUGAGUCUGUGGAAGCAAAACGUGUCCGCCAGGCUAUGAAUGCGUUAAAAGUUUGAAUAAUCCAGUAUAUGGGAAAAUUAACUGAGAUAAUGCUUUAAUAGGCCUUUUGCAAUGCUAUACUUCUAUCAGUGAAGAAGGAUGAACACAAAUAAUGAUUAUUGGGGAAAAAGCAUUUAAUCAGCCAAUUGCAAUCAUGUUUUCGAUCUCACUAAUGUUCAUUGGUACUUACUUGCUGCUGAAUAUCAUGGAAGUCGUUUUAUAUUCAAAUUUUUCUAAAGAAAUGGAUAAUUUAAGAGUUCAGCAAAAAAACAAAGAAGUCUGCGAAGAAGAAUCAGUAGGGUCAUCUAUUAUAGAAAAUUUAGUCCAAGACCAUGAUUCUUUUGAGCAGGAUAUCAACGAUCGCAUGAAUCUCGAUAAAUCUGAAUCAGAAAUUGAUUUAAAUAGAGAUGAUGCAUAUAAAGACCAGCAAGAAACAAGCCGAUCCUUGUUUAAAGAUGAGAAAAUUUUGUUCAGUCAAAAUAAAAAGUUAAAAAUGCAUGGAAUUUACAAGCAAGCAAGAUUAAAUUUAAAAAAUAAAGGCGAAGAUUUUUUUGAAGCAUUUAAUUCUGUUGACAGUAGUAUAAAGUUGCAAAAUAAUGAAGAAAUAUCUGUUAAAGAUCUAGAGGAAAGCCUGCCGUCUCCAAAAUGAGAUAAAUCAAAUAAUCUAAAUUUAAAGCACACUGCUGAAAGCAAAACUUUAAAACAAAAUGACUCAGCUGAUCAUGCUAAUGAUGAGGCAUUUUUAGGAGCUGUAAGCAGCCCUCCAGUAUUUCAUAGUAUGGGAAACUCACCUUCUGCAACAAUUGAGACUAAAGGCGGGGUUUUAUCAAAAAAACCCUCACUGCUGUCAAGAGUGACUUCUUUGUUCAAAAGUCCUGUAAAAAGAGAGCCAACUUCUAAAAGUACUGGCGACAAAUCAAUCUCACCUUUUUUGUUGGGAAGAGUAAAGAAUUUAAAAAUAAGAAAAGAUUUACGCCAAAAAAUGAGAGAUGUUUCAGAAUCAACUAACUUUCUCUUUAAAAUGAACGGCAUUGUUUUGAUUGCUUAUGGAAGGAGAAGGAGAAGAAAUUUAAAUAGAGGGUCGAUGGCUCCCUGAUGCACUAUUAUAAGUGAUUGGUUAAUGGAAGGAAGUUAUUUUAUUAUUAGCUUUAAAAUUUUAUUUAAAAAAUUGUUCAUUUUAAAAUUGCUGCUAAUAAAUAUUCAAAUUAUAAAAGUCAUUUAGUUUAUAACUUUAUAUUGUCUAAAAUCAUAAAUAAUAUGUUGUGCGACAAAAAUAUGUACUUAGCGAUGACGCACCACUGUGGGCAUAAAAAUGGCUUUAUAGCCUAAACCAAGGCAUAAGCCCUUCGAUUCUAACCUUAUGCAUCCUAUAUAGUGGUAUAUGGGUUGCUGGAUUUGGGCUUCAGCUGUUUGCCAUUCCGGUCCAAAUAUUAUUUAUCCGAUUGCUUUUGGGCUAUGUUCCGUGAGCCGUGAUGUGGUUUUUCCCUGUGCGUCACGCUUUUCUAAAGGUGGCUGAGAGGAGGUUUUGGACUAAACUUUACCUCCAUAGCACUCUCAAGACGCACAGCACUGAGGGGUCUUUGGAAUCCAUCGAAACUCAAGAGAGACUAGUGCAGGCCUUAGUUUCUGAGGAGGUCACUGCUGUCGGGCAUUGGGAAACCGCUGCUAUCCCUGGCGACAAGGAUCUGGUGGUCGUGAGCUGCGUAGACAUCAAAUAUAGAAGACCAUAAGGCUCUUAACUAGCUUAAAUUUUGUCUAAAUCUAAUGAAUUAGCUAACCUCUCCUCCAUUAGCAACAAAAAAAUUUUGUUAUUCAUCAUAGAGUUCUUUUUUUUAAAAAAUUUAUAUAUAAAUUUAAUAUUAAUUUUUUUUUCGAAAAGUUAAUUUAAUUUCUAAAAUUUAUGUUUAAAAUUCAACAAGAUUCAUUAUAAUAAUUAUCGCUUACUUAUCAAAAUAUUUUUUACCUAAAAAUUAGGGAUUUUUCCAAUGAUUUUGCUCGGGAGUAAGAGAUUUCGUUAUAAUAAUUAUAACUUAUAUAUAAAAUAAUAUAUAUAAAAGUUUCUUUGUUGGAGAGGGGUUAAUUCCCUAAAGAUAAUAUUUUUUAUAAUUUUUGAUCUUGAGGAUGUAAGGUGAAAGUUUCUAUCAAUGAGCUGCAUGAAGUUGCAUCAACUUCCGAAUACGAUGUUCUAUCGAGUGAAAUCCCAUCUAAUAGCGAAAUCAAUACUAGCCCACUGCUUGAAUAUAAAUUUGCAUAUAGAGGUGGGAAAGAUGUCUUAUCUAAUCUAGAAAAGCUCACACAAGUAUGAGACAAUAAAGUCUCUGACAAACUUGAUAAAUAUAGCGAGAAGGGUGACAGAAACGAGAUUUUUCGAUUUUUGUGUGGAAAAUAUAAAAUAAAAUAUGCAUUUUAUAUGACAACAAUCGAAGUCCCACUAAUUGUCCAAACUAUCAAGGAACAAGAUAAGAUGACAAAAAAUGUGACUGGAGACUGGUCUGGGUAUGAUGUAAAUACUAAUGAAGGAAUAAAAACUCAUGAGUACAAAGAAAAAAUGGAUAACAUGAAUUUUCGGCUAUGGAAUAAUGGACCACUUGGAAACUGAGAGAGACUUACAUAUCCUCUGAAAGUAAUUGUCAAACAUAGGUGGUUAAACUAUAUAAUGAUCCUUUGUGUAAUUGCGAAUACUAUUGCACUUUCUAUUAAUCACUAUGGAAUUGAUUCAUCCACACAGGAGUCUCUAACAACCAUAAAUACAGUUUUUACCUUUGUUUUUAUUUCAGAAAUGGGCAUCAAAAUUAUUGCUCUUGGGUUUCUUGGGUAUUGUAGAGAAGCUAUGAAUUUAUUUGAUGGAGCAAUUUCUAUUGUUGGAUUAUGCGAAUUUUUAUUUUUGUCUGGGACCUCUCUUCAAGCUCUUAGGGCAAUCCGAAUUUUGCGAAUUUUCAGAGUUGUCAGAGUUCUACGGCUUUUUAGAUACCUCCAAACAAUGACCCACAUCUUGAAAAAGCUUCAAAAAAACACGAUGAAUUUUUUUUAUUUGAUGAUAUUCCUUUCCCUCUUUGUCUUGAUUUUUACAAUAUUGGGCUUGCAGCUCUACUCAAGAAAGCUCAAUUAUACUGAAGCUCAUGAUCAGUAUAACUGAGAUACUUUCUAUUUUGCAUUCCUCUCUACUUUCCAAAUAAUGACAGAAGAAAACUGGAAUAACCAAGUGUAUACAACCAUGAGAUCAAGCUAUGGCUAUGCUGGAGUUUUAUUCCCAGCUUUCUGAAUUAUGCUUGGGAACUAUAUCUUGCUAAACAUUUUUUUAGCUUUAGUUCUCGAUAUGUUUUCAACUGAAGAAGAUGAAGAUAGCGUAGACAUGACAGGAUCAUUGACGAGCGAAAGCAGACGUGGAAGCAUUUUUUCAAUAUCGUCAAGAAUCAAAAAAAGAAAAGAGCAGCGGUUAAAAAUCUUGGAAGAUUUAAGUGAUGAGAGCGAAAGCGAAGAAAUUUAUGAAGAAGCUGAAGGAACCAAAACUUUGGAGGAUUUAAAGCGACAAAGCGAAAUGAAAAGAGCUAAGGUCAUGUUUCAGGGAAUUGAGUGUCAAAGAAGUUUUUAUAUUUUCUCAAAAGAAAAUAAGCUGAGGAAACUCUGCUAUAUCAUCACAAGUAGCCCAAAAUAUGAAAGCGUUGUUUUAUUUGUAAUUGUUGUGAGCACUCUGAAAUUAAUUUGGGACACUUAUUUGUUGGAGCUAUCUUCUGAUGAUAUACAAGUUGUUAUUUCUAAUUAUUUUGAUCUAGCAUUCACUGUUGUUUUUGGCUUAGAAAUGAUCAUAAAAGCAAUAUCAAUGGGGUUUUUGGCUUCAAAGGGAUCAUAUCUACGAGAUAGCUGAUGCCAGCUGGACUUUAUUAUUGUAAUCCUUUCAGUUAUAGAUCAAGCUCUUACAAGUGUAAAUAUCCCCGCUAUUAAAGUGCUGAGGCUUCUCCGAAUUCUCAGACCACUAACUCGCUCCCUUUAAGACGAGCAAACCAUUGGAAAAAUGCCUGUUUUGGGAACAAUGAUCCUUUAAGUGGCCAAUAGCUUUUUUAUAUAAAUAUUUUUUUAUAUAUAGUGCCCAUUGCUAUAUUUUUGCAUAAAAUGAUAACUCCUCUUAUAGAGUGUCAGGCUAUUCUGCUGACUCUUUAUAAAUGGGGAUUAAGAAUCAUCAGCCACAACUUACAAAUGAAGAUCAUGAUUAAUGCUUUAAUAGAGUCAUUAAUUUCAGUCGUAAACGUCUCAGCAGCUAUUCUACUCCUUUGGCUAAUUUUUUCUAUUUUAGGCGUAUCGUUAUUUGGAGGGAAACUAUAUACAUGCUCCAACUCAAAUAUCGAUAACCAAGUCCAGUGUGAAAAGCUAGGAUACUCAUGAAAAGCUAUCGAUUUCAAUUUUGAUGAUGUUCCAACUGGAAUAGUUGAUUCCUUUAUAUUAACUACACAAGAAGGAUGGCCUGAUUGAAUGUAUCAAACAUGUGCGGCGUACAAAGAAGGAUAUGCGCCUAUUCCUAAUUAUUAUCCGAGUGCAGCUACUUAUUUUAUUGUUCAUAUGUCAUUGUCGUCUAUUUUUUUUAUCAAUCUUCUGAUUGGUGUCAUGUUCGAAAAAUUUGCUGAAGCCAAAAAGAAUGAAAGUUCGUUAGCUGCACUUAUUUUAUCUAAAGAGCAAAUGGUAUGAGUAGAAAUACAAUCGCUAAUUGCUCACCCCCCUUUUUUAAAUUUGAACAAAAUAUCCUGUUCCCAUAUUUAUGCUUUAAAAUGAAAUUUAUACUAAAAAAUUUUGAAAAUAAAAAAGAAUAAACUGAAUGCAGUAUUUUUGAAUUAUUUUUUAUUUUAUGAGGAAUUAAUUCAAAAAUUAAUAAAACUGUUUAAAUAGAAUUCUAAUUGCCAUUAAAUUAAGCAAAAACUUAUUUUGCAAAAAUUAUCAUUUUCACCUAUAAAAUUUUUCUAUUGCAAAACAUUUUGUUUCAUUUUAAAGAAAAGGAUAAAGCCUGAAAAUGAAAUUUUACCUAUAUAUUGCUCUUAUUUAAAGGGGUGAGUCAAUCAAAGCCUCAGAUAGAAAAAUCAAGUAAACCUGAAAACAAAUUCCAAAAAUUUUUUUACGAUCUCCAAGAACACUGGAUUUUCGGAGCUUUUAUAAGCAUAUGUAUAGGUCUGAAUUUUAUAUUAAUGUGCCUCUAUUAUGAUCAGGCAUCAGCAGAGUACACAAGUGUUUUAGAAAACUUUAAUACAGCUUUUACGUAUGUUUUCAUUGCUGAAGGUGCAAUUAAGAUUACAGGAAUGGGCUAUGUAUAUUUUUACAACAGCUGAAAUCGUUUUGAUUUUUUUGUAGUCGUUUCUUCAAUUAUAGACUUAAUAUUUACCUAUAUAAUCACAUCGGGCAAUAACUUGAUUAAUACAGCUCCACAGCUUAUCAGAACUAUCAGAGUUCUUAGGGUGACGAGGGUAAUCCGGCUAGUAAAAAAGUUUAAAACUUUGCAAGAGCUGAUUACGUUGGUGUCUUACUCAAUACCUUCCAUUUUAAAUGUCUCAGCUGUUUUACUGUUGAUUUUUGUGAUUUAUGCUGUUCUGGGAGCUUAUCUUUAUCAUUCUAUUGAUAGCGGGGAGUGCUUUGACGAUUACAAUAACAUGCAUAAUUUUGAUAAAGCUAUAGUGAAGCUGUUUAGACACUCAACAGGGGAAAACUGGCCUAACGCACUAUGGGACUGUAUGAACUCUUCAGUUGGGAAAACAAUUUCUUACAUAUACUGAUGCACCUUCAUAUCAGCCACAACCUUUAUUAUGCUAAAUGUGUUUGUGAUGGUCAUUUUGCAAGACUAUGAAGACUUCGCUAAUGACGCUCAAAGCGGGGUCAUAAUUUUCAAUAAAGAUGUGAAAAAAUUCAAAAAGGCAUGAGGACCGUACUCAUUGCAAAGCUCAGGGAUGAGAAUUCAUUAUAAAUUCUUGGUUGAGCUUAUGUAUGAACUAGGGCCCGAAUUAGGGGUAAGUCAAGAUACUCCGCAUGAUAAGGUUAUUAAAUUGCUAUCUAUUAUGGAAUUACAUAUAGAUGCAGAUGGAUUCAUUUAUUACAAUGACAUGCUUUUUUCCAUCAUGAAACGAAAACAUGCAAAAGAUUUAGCUAAAAACUUAGACUCAAAAUCACAGAAAUUAAUUAGAAAAGAAGAGCAUAGCACCUCCAGAAAACUGCAGCAGCUAAGGGAUAAAAUAUCAACAAAUUUCUAUUCAGAAUCAAAGGUAAGAUUUAUUUAGAAUUUGCAAAUAAAUAGUAAAGGAAAAACCAAUUUGUUUUUUGCUAUGAUUUAUGCAAAAAGUGUAUUUAAAAGCUGGAGAAAUUGGACCAAAAAGAGAAGGGAAAAUAUAAGUCCAACAGGAUCUAUAAGUAUUACGCCAAGAUUUACAGAAGUCGAGUUCCCGGGGGACAAUUCCUUAGCCACUUCUGAAAUUGAAAAUACCAUAGUCUAG